UCGCGCCUUGGAAUACGAUCUCAAUCUUCCGCACUACGAUUCUCGAUCCCCUUUCUUCCCGGCUUUCUCGAGUGCGCGCCUACGAUUUGAAUCAAGAAUGAUAGUUGUCCGCCAAUUGCCGUUAUCAAAUUAGCUGAGGGAAUAUUUCUCGGACCCGGCAAAGUGACAAUUAAUGCGAUUCGUAGACAAAACGUGACACGAAAAGCUGUGAUUCCAACUGUAAAUCAAUGAUUUACUGUUGUAGAACGUACCCAGCCCAGUGAAAAUAAAAUAAGAAAAUAUUGUAAAGAGAAAGGAAAACAAAAGUCAUGUAUGCCGCGAAAAACGUACGCCCGCGCAGCAGUCUCUCCGCAGACGAUAACCACCGGAUCAAGGACACCAACCGGCCCCACAAGGCCCCCAGCAACACGAUCCUGACCCUCGCCGCCUUCUGCGUCUUCCUGCUCGUCCUCUGCGGCUUCCUGCUGGGCGCCCUUGUCUACGUGGGCAAGAAUAUAGCCGAGGAGCACCAGAGGCAGCAGCACUCGAACGCCUCCCAGUGGGCCUUGAACUCCACCAUCCGCACAGUCUACGUGGACCGGGACCAGUUGCUCUCCACAAAGCCCAUUCUCAGCGUGCUCUCAGAUAACCGCGUUCACACAACUCAAGUGCCCGCCAGCAGAAAGUCGAGCAUUAUGGCCACCUUGGCGCCCGCCGUGAAAGCCGCGAGCAAGGUGCUCCAAAAUCUGGGAUUCCGUUUGCCAAGGCAAAUAAGACCCAGCAAGUACCGCGUCCACUUGCGCCCCGAUCUAGACAGGAAGAACUAUUCCGGGAACAUAAGCAUCAGCCUGCAAGUUCUGGAACCCAUCUCCUUCAUCCCAGUCCACGUUAAGCAGCUGAAUGUGAGCACCGUGGAGGUGAAGCACCUGGACGAAUCGGGGGCUCCGCUCAAGGACAUCACCCCCUCGCUGACCUUCGCCCACCCGGAGUUCGAGUACUGGGUCACGGAGUUCGAGCAGCCCCUGGAGGCGGGAAACUACUCACUGCGGCUGAACUUCAGUGGAUCUCUCGCGGAUCGGAUCACGGGGAUGUAUCAGAGCACCUACUUGGACAAGCUGAAGAACCGCAACAGACCGAUCGUGAGCACCAAGUUCGAACCCACAUACGCCCGCAUGGCCUUCCCCUGCUUCGAUGAGCCCGCCAUGAAGGCGCAGUUCACCAUCACCGUGGCCCGUCCCAGUGGCGAUCAGUACCAUGUGCUGUCCAAUAUGCCGGUGGCCAGCGAGUAUGUCGACGGCGAUCUCACCGAGGUGACAUUCGCGGAGACUGUGCCCAUGAGCACCUACCUGGCCGCCUUUGUGGUUUCUGAUUUCGCGUACACAAACACCACCGUGGAGGGAACCAGCAUCGAAUUAAGGGUCUAUGCUCAGCCAGCACAGGUGGAGAAAACCCAGUACGCCCUGGACACUGCAGCCGGAGUUACCGCCUACUACAUCAGCUACUUCAACGUCUCGUACGUCCUGCCCAAACUGGAUCUAGUGGCCAUCCCCGAUUUCGUAUCCGGAGCGAUGGAGAACUGGGGACUGGUUACCUUCCGGGAGACUGCUCUUCUCUACGACGAAUCAACCAGUUCCAGCGUGAAUAAGCAGCGCGUCGCAGUUGUGGUGGCACAUGAGUUGGCCCACCAGUGGUUCGGCAAUCUGGUGACCAUGAACUGGUGGAGCGAUCUGUGGCUAAACGAGGGAUUCGCCUCGUUCAUCGAGUACAAGGGUGUGAAGCAGAUGCACCCAGAAUGGGACAUGGACAAUCAGUUUGUGAUUGAGGAACUUCACCCGGUGCUAAAAAUUGAUGCCACUUUGGCCUCUCAUCCCAUUGUCAAGUCAAUUGAGAGUCCGGACGAGAUCACUGAGUACUUUGAUACUAUCACCUACUCCAAGGGAGCCGCUCUGGUUCGCAUGCUGGAAAAUCUGGUGGGCGAGGAGAAGCUGAGGAACGCGACGACUCGCUAUCUACUCCGUCACAUCUACAGCACUGCCACCACUGAGGAUUACCUCACCGCCGUUGAAGAGGAGGAAGGACUAGACUUUGAAGUGAAGCAGAUCAUGCAGACCUGGACGGAGCAGAUGGGUCUGCCAGUUGUGGAGGUCGAGAAAAGUGGCAACAACUACAAGCUCACCCAGAAGAGAUUCCUUGCCAACGAGGAUGACUACGCAGCCGAGGCUGAAGCAUCUUCCUUCAACUAUCGUUGGUCGAUUCCCAUCACCUACACGAGCAGCAUUAACAGCGAAGUUCAAUCUUUGAUCUUUAACCACAACGAUAACGAAGCCACUAUCACGCUUUCUGGAGAUGCCAGCUGGAUCAAGAUUAACACGAAUCAGGUCGGAUACUAUCGAGUGAACUAUGCCGCUGAGCAGUGGGGAGCAAUCACCAGUGCUCUAAAAGCCUCCCGCGAAACCUUUACCACCGCUGAUCGCGCUCACUUGUUAAACGAUGCCGACUCUCUGGCAGCUGCCGGACAGCUUAGCUACUCCCUGGCACUGGAUCUGAUCUCUUACUUGGAGAGCGAGAAGGACUACGUGCCCUGGAGCGUGGGCACCGCCACCCUGGCUUCGCUGAGGAAUCGAGUCUACUACACUGACCUGUACACCAACUUCACCACCUACGCCCGCAAACUGCUUACGCCCAUUGCGGAGAGUGUCACCUUUACCGUAGGCACCGACCACCUGGAGAAUCGCCUCCGCAUCAAGGUGCUGAGCUCAGCCUGCAGUUUGGGACACGAGAGCUCUUUGCAGCAGGUUGUCACGCUGUUCAACCAGUGGCUGGCCAGUCCGGAGACCCGACCCAGUCCGGAUAUUCGUGACGUCGUCUACUACUACGGCCUGCAGCAGGUGAACACGGAGGCUGCCUGGGAUCAGAUGUGGAAGCUGUACCUGGACGAGACCGAUGCCCAGGAGAAGGUGAAGCUGAUGAACGGAUUGGCUGCCGUGCAGGUGCCGUGGCUCCUGCAGCGAUACAUCAACUGGGCCUGGGACGAGAGUAAUGUGCGCCGGCAGGACUACUUCACCCUGCUGGGUUACAUCUCUACCAAUCCGGUGGGUCAGAGUCUGGUUUGGGAUUAUGUGCGCGAGAACUGGGAGAAGCUCGUGGAGCGUUUCGGCAUCAAUGAGCGUACUUUGGGUCGAUUGAUUCCCACGAUCACGGCACGCUUCUCCACGGAAACGAAGCUGGAAGAGAUGCAGCAGUUCUUCGCCAAGUAUCCCGAGGCUGGAGCCGGAACUACGGCACGCCAACAGGCCCUGGAAGCGGUGAAGGCCAACAUCAAGUGGCUGACAGUCAACAAGGCCCAGGUGGGCGAGUGGUUGGCCAACUACGUACAACAAUCCUCCGUCACCAAUCGCAUCCAAUGAGUCGCCAACUCGGCCAUUUGCACCCUGUAAAAUAUCAAUAAUGUAAAAACUACCAAUGGAAUUGAACAUAGUCUUAGCUACCUAGUGCAGCAAUUGCAUUUCAAUUGUGAACGAAGAAUUGUGAAUGCUUAUGAUAUUUUUGAAGAAAAUACAAUACAAAAAA